CCCGUCCCCUGUAUUCUGACUGUGAUCCUUUUACCCUACCUCAUCAACCACGCCGCACAUCGCUCGAGGGCAACGCCCAUAUUUUGUGGGCACCACCGCCGCCGAUACCCCGUGUACCUUCGCACACGUUCACCGCCUUCCGCACUACUUCUCCCGCAGCAUGCGAGGCAGUCCUAUACAAUCAAAUGGUUCCGCUACGUCAAACGGUUCCGAACCCGGACACUUUGGCUGGCAGCCUUGCGGACUUUCCAUUGUUCUGAAAGACGGAACUGAGAUAUUGCAAUGCAAUCCGGACUCUGAAAACGCAUACGGACUUGAUGUCACCUUGGGGCGCGAACUUGCCUGGGACAACACAAAGCGCUUGUGGCGAUGGCAUAAGACUUGGCGAGUGCCGGACUGUCUCAUCACCGCCGACCCUCAGGCGUUGCACGGCACCGGAGAUCUCGAAGCGCACCUCUCCGUUGUAUGUCAGGGCGAGCGACCGCACCAGCUCGAAGACGCGGGUAUUCAAUCGCUCGAUCGCUCUCAGCCAUUUGCGACGCUUCAAUUAGUCGACGGUCGUUGCCGCUUCUCGCGACUCCGCUUAGUUGGAACGACAAGCACGUUUGGUGGCAGAUUGUUCCACUUUGUAGUUUCGAUUGUUCGACGCGAUGGCGACAACACCACUGCCCUGGCGUCUGUUAUUUCUACUGCGUUUGCUGUUUACUCUCGGAAGAACGCAGAUAAGAAGCGCAAGAUCGUUGACCGCGACGCAAUGAUAUCAGGUAGGUGGUCAGAGGGAUAUUCCUUUGUGCCAUUCGAACCGAAGGAACUGGAUAGGACCUUCAUCAAAAAGGUAACGAAUGGCGACGGCGUUCUCGUUGAAGAGGAAAUUACUAAUUCGUGGGAGGGCUUGCUGGCCUACUUUCAAGCUCCAAAUAUCAGAUUUAAGAUUCGCCAUCCCCUCUUCUUAGCAAUUCGAUUCAGCAACGUGCUCGUUAUUCUGCGCGACGCCUUGAGAUUUCCGCAAGAGAGUGAAGAGGCUUUGCGUUCGUUCGUUUGUAGCUGUGGUUUCCCCCUGAACUGCAAGCGCGACCCGGCCGUCAUGAUUGGGCACGGCGAGUUUUUACCGCCUUGGCUUAUUGCUUUUCGCCGUGCUGCCAUGAACACUUGCAGCUCGACUGUGAUACAGAAACUUGCUGAUUUGAUGAAGGUCGUCAAAGGACCGGCCCUAGGAUUUGUUCCGGACGACUCUCUCCUCCCUCAACGAUACUCACCGACGUUUGAUGUCGCCAGUCUUGGCCAAUUGUACACCAAAUUGUAUGCCAUUGAGUUUGCGGGGGGCAACUGCGACGGCCAGAAGGACGCAAAAAGUUCGGCGGUAGAUACGAAGAGAGCAAAGACUGAAUCUGAACCUGUUGCCACGGAUGGCGUUGUAGACUUCCAUCCGUGCGGGGCGCCCAUCUACGCUGGUAUGCCAGGACCACCAGUGACUACAUUGAGCGGAGAGAACUCGUCCAGUGCGUCAAGCAAAGGUAAUUCUUCGGAACAUAUGAAGUCUUCGUUCCAUAAUUACUUCACCGCGUUACACGCAGAGUUGAAAGCUCUGCUACAGACGGUUGUGGAACUAGUGUCGCACUGUGUGACCCAUCCUUCCAAGUGCCAGGCCGAAAACCUUCAGAAAGCUUACCACGACUUCACGGAGGCGCUUUCAGUACACGCCUAUGUCGAGGAACAAGUGCUGUUUAAAAAGCUAAAUUCUCGAUUUCCCCUUAUCACCGAGUCGUAUUUCAUAGAUCACAUGCUGGAAAACAAGAAGAUGGAUGAGAUUAGCAACAUUAUGCGAGACAUGGAACCAAAAAAGAUUGCCGAGCUGUUCCUCAAAAUUUCUGAGCUAUCCGCUGUUCAUGCAGUGCACAUGGAGAAGGAAGAAUGCCAUCUUCUGCCGUAUUUUCUGAAUACAUUCAAUGAUGACGAAAUAUGCGAUCUUAUUCGUCAGUCUCAAGAAACCAUCAACUCGAUGGUCCAGCAACAUAGUGUUGGGAAUAUUAGCCUGUCAAAUCCAAGACAUCAAAGAGCAAUUGAACGAGCGAAACUAGCAGCUGGAAUUGCACCUCUAGACGAUGACCACAUAGAGCCACCCGAUAACAUUAACGAACAUCAAUAUUUUGGGGAGGGCGACGACGUGAUCGCUCUAAUCGAUGAGAUGUAUAGUCAGUGAAGUGGUCCAGAGGCGAGAUUUCCACAAGUAUGAGGAUAUCAUGACGUAAGGCUUUCGUGCCUGUGUUGUAAGUACAGUUUAUGUAUUAUCUACUGUGCCUUUCUGUUCGAAGAGUUCUUGGUUGACUACAUGCAUUGUACAUUUUGGAACGCUAUGCUUGCCUUGAGCAAAGAAUUAUUAAGAGGAUGAGUUAAUCAUAGAUUCAGUUUAAACCAAGAAUUCCUCUAUCGGGAUUUCACUUCCGAGAACCAUGGGCGCAACGCCGCGAUCUUAAAACACAGACUUAUCUUUCUGGAUCCUGGAA